UCAGUCUCGUAGCGGCGGGCCGGAGGGAAGGAGCUACGUGACCCUGAGAGGACAGUUGUCGGAUUUUUGCUUCGUGUUCUCUGCACCGCUCUGUUCUUUCUCUCGUUAUUUUUUAUCACGGAUUUAUUCGAUGCGAAACGGCGCUAUCUUCCUUCGCAUCAUCUUCCGGCCUCGCGAACGCACAUCGUUAUCGGCGGCUCGCCCACGCGUGUGAGUUCCGUUCCGUUCUGUGUAGUGAAUCAAUCGUCGGCGGAUUUUCGUAGACGGACCCUCAGUGGUGUACAUGUACCCCGGGACUAGAAUUUCACCGUAGAACGUAGGAGAAACGAACAAAUAUGCUGAUAAGAGAAUUGGCGGCCGUUUGGGUCGCCGUCCUCUUGUGCCAUCUUCAGCUAACGGAGUCUCAGGUUCCUACUGCAAAUGUCUUCACCUGUCCAAAUGGAUGGGAAUUGCGAGGCAUACACUGUUAUAAAUUCUUCAACAUCAGGCAUUCCUGGGAAAAAGCGGCGGAAUUAUGCAGGAGAUACGGAAGCGACCUGAUGGUGGUCGAGUCGUACAGCGAGAACAACAUGUCGGCGAGCAUGAUCGGCCGGCAUUUGGAUCAUUACUGGCUAGGUCUCGCUUCGCUCGACGAUUUACGGACCAACACACUCGAAUCAGCCGCGGGAAUGCUCGUCUCCCAAUACGCCGGUUUCUGGGCACCGAAGCAACCGAAUCCACACUCGGGCGAAUGCGUGGACGCCGCCUUGACGGACGACAGACAAACGUGGGAAUUGACCACGUGCGAGUCACUUCUUCCUUUCAUGUGUCGUGCCAAUGCCUGUCCUUCCGGUUCGUUCCACUGCUCGAACGGCAAGUGCAUCAAUGCGGCGUUCAAGUGCGACAAGCAAGACGACUGCGGCGAUUAUUCCGACGAGCUGGAUUGUUCGGCUAAUUGUCAAUAUUACAUGGCGAGCAGCGGUGACGUCGUGGAGAGUCCGAAUUACCCGCAUAAAUAUGCACCCCUCAGCAAUUGCAAGUGGACGCUCGAAGGCCCUCAAGGACACAACAUUCUUCUGCAGUUCCAAGAAUUCGAGACCGAGAAGAGCUUCGAUAUAGUACAGAUCCUCGUAGGCGGUAGAACCGAGGAGAAGUCCGUAAAUUUGGCGACUCUUUCCGGCAAACAGGAACUCAGUAACAAACUCUUCGUCUCGGCCUCGAACUUUAUGAUUAUCAAGUUUAGCACCGACGCUUCGGUGGAGAGGAAGGGCUUCCGGGCUUCCUGGAAAACCGAGCCCCAGACUUGCGGCGGAAUUCUAAGGGCGACGCCGCAAGGACAGGUGCUCACUUCUCCAGGAUAUCCGCAGAAUUAUCCUGGAGGACUCGAGUGCCUGUACAUCUUGCAGGCUCAGCCAGGACGAAUAAUGUCCGUGGAGAUCGAGGACUUGGAUCUCGAGAUGAAUCGGGAUUAUAUUCUUGUCAGAGACGGAGAUUCGCCCAUGAGCCGACCAAUCGCGCGCCUCACAGGAAAAUCAGAGGACAAUCCGACGGUGAUCAUGUCCACCGGAAGCAACUUGUAUUUGUAUUUUAAAACGAGUCUCGGCGAUUCUAGGCGUGGGUUUAGCAUUCGCUUCACGCAAGGCUGCAAGGCUACGAUUAUCGCGAGAAACGGCACGGUUCAGUCGCCUUCUUACGGCCUCAACGAUUAUCCUAACAAUCAGGAAUGUUUGUACAGAAUAAAAAAUCCGGAUAGAGGACCGUUGUCUCUGAAAUUCCUCAGUUUCGACGUUCACAAGACUGAUUACGUGCAGAUAUACGAUGGUUCCAACACGAACGGUCUACGCUUACAUUCCGGAAACGGUUUCACCUCUAACAUUCGACCCAAGAUCACGCUCACUGCGGAAAGCGGAGAAAUGCUCGUCAGAUUCGCCUCCGAUGCUUUGCACAGCAGCACCGGGUGGCAAGCUGAAUUUUCUGCCGACUGUCCGCCAUUGCAACCCGGCGAGGGAGCUCUAGCAUCGAGUCGGGACACAGCUUUCGGUACGAUAGUUACAUUCUCCUGUCCGUUAGGACAAGAAUUCGCCACAGGAAAAUCGAAGAUAUCCACGGAAUGUCUCCCCGGAGGAAACUGGUCCGUUACGUAUAUUCCCAAGUGUCAGGAAGUAUACUGCGGUCCCGUACCUCAAAUCGACAAUGGUUUCUCAAUUGGCUCUUCGAAUGUUACUUAUCGCGGACUGGCGACCUAUCAAUGUUACGCGGGAUUCGCGUUUCCUUCCGGACGGCCAACGGAAAAGAUCUCAUGCCUGGCGGACGGAAGAUGGGAAAAGAAGCCCUCGUGUUUAGCAUCUCAAUGCGCUACGUUGCCGGAGGCUCCUCAUUCUAACAUAACUAUCUUGAACGGAGGUGGUCGAAGUUAUGGCACGAUUGUUAGAUUCGAGUGCGAACCCGGUUAUGUACGAAGCGGACAUCCCGUCAUCCUUUGCAUGAGCAACGGUACCUGGUCCGACGAAGUGCCAACAUGUUCACGUGCUAGAUGUCCGUUGCUGCCGAUAAUUAAAAACGGAUUUGUCGUCGAUAUUAACAGAGAUUACUUUUUCGGCGAUGAAGCCAGGGUGCAGUGCAAUAGAGGUUACAAGCUAACUGGAUCAAAUAUCAUACAAUGCGGACCCUAUCAACGAUUCGAUAACGUGCCGACUUGCGAAGACAUAAACGAAUGCGCAUCGAGCCAAUGCGACCUGGCGUCCACGGAGUGCAUAAACAAUCCAGGUGCAUUUACUUGCAAGUGCAAGCCGGGCUUUGCACCGACCAUGGAGUGUCGACCUAUCGGCGAUCUCGGGCUCAUCAACGGCGGCAUUCCCGACGAAUCGAUCACGGUUUCGAACUCGGAAAAUGGAUACACAAAAACCGGAAUUCGUUUAAACAACGGCGACGGCUGGUGCGGCAACAACAUCGAGCCUGGCACGAACUGGGUGAUGAUCGACAUGAAGGCACCGACGAUUAUUCGCGGCUUCCGCACGCAAGUCGUGGCCAGGUUGGACGGAAACAUCGCGUACGCUGCAGCUGUGCGGAUUCAAUACACGAACGAUCUGACGGACAUCUUCAAGGAUUACACCAACCCGGAUGGCACACCAGUGGAAUUUAGAGUUUCAGAAGCGACGCUCUCCGUUCUGAACUUGCCUCUACCGAUCGAGACGCGCUACAUAAAAUUCAAGAUACUGCAAUACAUCGGCGCACCAUGCAUGAAGCUAGAGAUAAUGGGCUGUACGAGGCUGGAAUGUGCCGAUAUCAAUGAAUGCGCGAUGAAGAACGGCGGCUGUCAUCAGAAGUGUAUCAACAGCCCUGGCAGCUACUCUUGCAUGUGCAACACUGGUUUCGAAUUAUACAAGGGCAACGGCACGGCUGGAUUCGAUCUGGAGAAAUCGGAGACCGGCGAAAGGGAUGGCGAUUUGUAUCAGAGAAACAAGACGUGCGUCCCGGUGAUGUGUCCUCCAUUAACGUCACCAGAAAAUGGAAAAUUACUCUCGACCAAGGAGCAGCAUCAUUUUAGCGAUCUCGUCAGAUUCCAGUGUAAUUUUGGUUAUGUAUUAUCAGGACCUUCGGCUCUAAUUUGUACUUCUUCCGGAGUCUGGAACGGAACUAUUCCCGAAUGUCAAUAUGCAAAAUGCGUGUCGCUACCGGACGACAAAAACGAGGGUCUUUCCGUGAUCCGAAACGACGAGGCUAGUGUAUUAGUGCCUUUCAAACAGAACGUCACACUCAAGUGCGGCAGCAACGGCCGCUAUUUGCGCAACACCGUGUCUUCUGCUUUUCGACAGUGCGUGUACGACCCUAAACCUGGCUUACCUGAUUACUGGCUGUCGGGCUUGCAACCGGCUUGUCCUCGAGUGGAUUGCGGCAAACCUCUUCCCACGCCUGGCGCCGAAUAUGGCCAGUACCUCGAUUCCAGAUACCAAUCGUCUUUCUUCUUCGGCUGUCAGGAUACUUUCAAGUUGGCCGGUCAGACCAAUCGCAAUGAUAACGUCGUGCGUUGCCAAGCAAACGGCGUCUGGGACUUUGGAAAUUUACGAUGCGAGGGUCCCGUCUGCGAAGACCCUGGCAGACCAAGCGACGGCUAUCAAGUAGCUCGAAGUUACGAGCAAGGCUCCGAAGUGCAGUUCGGCUGCAGCAGACCUGGCUACAUCCUCAUCAAUCCGCGACCGAUAGUCUGCAUCCGCGAGCCCGAAUGCAAGGUCAUCAAGCCGCUCGGUCUCGCUUCCGGGCGAAUCCCAGACUCGGCGAUAAACGCUACUUCCGAACGACCCAACUACGAGCCUAGAAACGUCCGGCUAAAUUCCGUGACCGGCUGGUGCGGCAAACCAGAGGCCUUCGCCUACAUCACCGUCGACCUCGGUCGCGUCUAUCGAGUGAAGGCGAUUCUCGUGAAAGGCGUCGUCACCAACGACAUUGUUGGCAGACCUACGGAAAUUCGAUUCUUCUACAAGCAACUAGAGAGCGAGAAUUAUGUCGUAUAUUACCCGAAUUUCACUCUAACCAUGCGCGAUCCAGGAAAUUACGGCGAGCUGGCGAUGAUCACUCUGCCAAAAUAUGAGCAGGCUCGUUUCAUUAUCCUCGGUAUCGUCAGCUACAUGGAUAACCCCUGUCUGAAGUUUGAGUUGAUGGGAUGUGACGAACCGGUGGUCGAGCCGUUGUUGGGUUACGAUUACGGAUUCUCGCCGUGUGUGGACAACGAACCGCCAGUAUUCCAGAAUUGUCCGCAGCAACCCAUAGUCGUGCAAAAGGGAGCCGAUGGGGAAUUGCUUCCGGUGAAUUUCACAGUUCCAACGGCCAUUGACAACAGCGGAAGCAUCGCUCGACUGGAAGUAAAGCCGCAGAGUUUCAGAACGCCCAUUCGGAUCUUUGAGGACACAGUCGUAAAAUACGUGGCCUUCGAUUACGACGGCAAUGUCGCCAUCUGCGAAAUUAACAUUACCGUGCCCGAUAUAACUCCACCGAAACUGAGCUGUCCCCAAAGCUAUGUCAUCGAACUGGUCGAUCGACAAGAAAGUUAUUCCAUCAAUUUCAACGAAACACGAAGACGUAUCAAUGCCACGGACGCAUCCGGUCCCGUGAAGAUUACUUUUGUGCCAGAACGUGCAAUGAUUCGAGUCGGUAGCUUUGAAAACGUCACGGUAUAUGCAACGGACUUGAGCGGCAAUCGAGCAACUUGUCACUUUCAAGUUUCGGUUCAGGCAACGCCCUGCGUUGAUUGGGAAUUAAAACCGCCGGCUAACGGCGGCCUAAAAUGUGUCCCUGGAAAUAAGGGAUUGCAAUGUGUAGCAAACUGCAAAGCUGGAUACAGAUUCACGGAUGGUUUACCAGAAAAGAAGUUUGGAUGCGACGUUAACAAACGGUGGACGCCCUCGUCGGUGGUUCCCGACUGCGUUUCCGAAAACACGCAACAAGCUGAUUAUCAUGUGAUAGCCUCUAUAACUUAUCGUGCGAAUGGCGCUGUUUCUCGAUCCUGUUUGCCGCAGUAUCAGGAUCUCAUGGCUGAAUCUUAUACGAAAAUCAAUAAUAUUUUAACUCAACGUUGCUCUGGUUUGAAUGUGAAUAUGAAUGUGUCUUUCAUCAAAUCAAUGCCUUCCUUGCUCGAAGAGAAUCUUCUCAAGGUGGACUUUGUGUUGGUAAUCGUGCCGGCAAUAAGUCAAACGCAAUUAUACGAGCACUGCGGCGGCACAUUGAUUCUGAUCUUCGAUUUAUCGGCCCCGUAUGCGACUGCAGUUAUCGAGUCUUUAUUAAACGUCUCAUCGAUCAGCAAUCAAUGUCCGCCUCUUCGUGCUCUCAAAUCAUCCAGCAGCAAAGGUUUCACGUGCAACGUCGGUGAAGUAUUAAACAUGGAUACCAAGGACGUUCCUCGUUGUCUGCACUGUCCGGCCGGAACUUUCGCCGGUGAGAAUCAGAAGCAGUGCACCCUCUGUCCGAAGGGCUUCUAUCAGAACAGCGACCGUCAAGGAUCUUGCUUGCGCUGUCCAUUCGGUACUUACACGAAGGAAGAAGGUUCUAAAAGCAUAGACGAUUGCAUACCGGUCUGCGGUUACGGCACGUACUCGCCAUCCGGUCUGGUGCCUUGUCUGGAGUGUCCUAGAAACAGCUACACCGGCGAGCCGCCGAUAGGCGGCUACAAGGAUUGCCAGACUUGUCCGGCCGGCACAUUUACCUACCAACCGGCCGCCCCUGGCCGCGAUCGUUGCCGUCCCAAAUGUUCUCCGGGCAUGUACUCGGACACGGGACUAUCUCCGUGCGCUCAGUGUCCUAAGAAUUUCUUCCAGCCUCAGCAUGGCGCGAUCACCUGCAUCGAGUGUCCGACGAACAUGUACACGGACGGACCCGGCUCGCUGGGUCGCGAGGAAUGCAAACUUGUCCAGUGCACCGACAAUGUAUGUCAACACGGUGGUCUCUGCGUGCCAAUGGGACAUGGCGUGCACUGUUACUGCCCGGCUGGCUUCUCCGGGAGACGUUGCGAGAUUGACAUUGACGAGUGCGCGUCUCAGCCGUGUUACAACGGUGCUACUUGCAUCGAUCUACCGCAAGGCUACAGGUGCCAAUGCGCUAAUGGCUAUUUCGGUAUUAAUUGUCAGGAGGAGAAAUCGGAUUGUACCAAUGACACGUGCCCGGAGAGAGCCAUGUGCAAGGACGAACCUGGAUUUAACAAUUAUACUUGUCUCUGUCGGUCUGGAUACACCGGAGUCGAUUGCGACAUCACUAUAAAUCCAUGUACAGCGAGCGGAAAUCCUUGCAACAACGGUGCGACAUGCGUGGCCCUUCAACAAGGCCGCUACAAGUGCGAUUGCUUGCCAGGAUGGGAAGGUCAGAGCUGCGAAAUCAACACCGACGAUUGUGCCGAACGACCUUGUCUGCUCGGCGCCAACUGCACUGAUUUGAUCGCCGACUUCUCCUGCGAUUGUCCGCCCGGAUUCACCGGCAAACGCUGCCAUGAGAAGAUCGACUUGUGCUCGGGCAAUCCCUGUCUCAACGGAAUCUGCGUGGACAAGCUCUUCAGUCAUGAAUGCAUCUGCCAUACGGGAUGGACCGGCGCAGCUUGCGAGACCAACAUCAAUGAGUGCGCCUCGAAGCCGUGCAGAAAUAACGGCCAAUGCAUCGACCAGAUUGGCGAUUAUACCUGCACCUGCGAGCCCGGUUACACCGGCAAGCAGUGCCAGCAUACGAUCGAUGACUGCGCAUCUGAUCCUUGCCAGAACGGCGCCACGUGCUUGGAUCAGCUGGAGGGAUUCGUCUGCAAAUGUAGACCCGGCUACGUCGGGCUGCAAUGCGAGGCGGAGAUCGAUGAGUGCCUCAGCGACCCUUGCAGUCCGGUUGGUACCGAUCGCUGCGUGGAUCUCGACAACACCUUCGUCUGUCAUUGCCGCGAAGGCUAUACCGGCGCGUCGUGCGAGAUCGACAUUGACGACUGCGAGUCCGAUCCGUGCCUGAACAAUGCGAUGUGCGUAGACGAGGUUGGCGGCUUCAAGUGCGUGUGUCCGGAGGGAUGGACCGGGACUUAUUGUCAGAUAGACGUCGGCAUGUGCCAGAAUCGACCGUGCCAGAACGAUGCCGCAUGCGUAGACUUGUUCAUGGACUACUUUUGCGUCUGUCCAUCCGGUACCGACGGCAAGCAAUGCGAAACGGCACCGGAACGUUGCAUCGGAAAUCCGUGCAUGCAUCAUGGUCGCUGUCAAGAUUUUGGUUCGGGUUUAAAUUGUACCUGUCCGGAUGAUUACACGGGUAUCGGCUGUCAGUACGAAUACGAUGCCUGUCAGGCCGGGGCUUGCAAAAACGGAGCGACAUGCAUCGACGAGGGAUCCGGAUUCACUUGCGUAUGUCCUCCAGGAUAUACAGGUCACACUUGCGAGGAGGACAUCAUCGACUGCAAAGAGAAUUCUUGCCCGCCGUCGGCGACCUGUAUCGAUCUCACCGGCAAAUUCUUCUGCCAAUGUCCGUUUAAUUUAACUGGCGAUGAUUGCAGAAAAUCCAUUCAAGUCGAUUACGACUUGUACUUUAGCGAUCCGGGACGAAGCAGUGCUUCGCAAAUUAUUCCAUUUUUCACCGGUUCUACGAAAAGCCUGACUGUCGCUAUGUGGGUGCAAUUUACGCAGAGAGAUGAAGCUGGAAUUUUCUUCACUCUUUAUAGCGUCAGCUCGCCACACGUUCCAACAAACCGCAAGCUUAUGAUGCAAGCACACAGUAAUGGAGUUCAGAUAUCCCUUUUCCACGACUUGCAAGACGUAUAUCUGCCAUUCAGAGAAUACGCGACUAUAAAUGAUGGACAAUGGCAUCACGUCGCAGUUGUAUGGAACGGAGAAAAUGGGGGAGAACUCACUCUAAUCACGGAGGGCCUCAUCGCUAGCAAGACCGAGGGUUACGGUAGCGGCAGAUCACUUCCAGCGUACGCAUGGGCCGUGCUAGGUAAACCACAAAGCGAAAACAUAAAAGGCUACACGGAAUCGGGCUUCCAAGGGCACCUGACCAAGGUGCAAGUCUGGGGCCGCGCGUUGCACGUGACGAAUGAAAUUCAGAAACAAGUGCGCGAUUGCCGCACGGAGCCGGUUCUCUAUCAGGGUCUGGUACUGACAUGGGCAGGAUACGACGAGACCGUAGGUGGGGUCGAGAGAAUCGUGCCGUCACAUUGCGGGCAGCGAGUGUGUCCACCUGGUUACGGUGGCAACAGAUGCCAGCAACUCGAGGCCGACAAGAUUCCGCCCAAGGUGGAGCACUGUCCGGGCGAUCUCUGGGUUAUCGCGAGAAACGGAUCGUCCAUCGUCACCUGGGACGAACCGCGUUUCAGCGACAACGUCGGCGUCACGAAGAUACAGGAGAAGAACGGACACCGAUCUGGACAGACUCUGAUGUGGGGCACCUACGAUAUUAGUUAUGUGGCUUACGAUCAGACUGGAAACUCAGCCAGCUGCAAUUUCAAGGUUUACGUAUUAUCGGAAUUCUGUCCAAUGCUGGACGAUCCCAUCGGUGGCACGCAGCAGUGCAAAGACUGGGGCUCGGGAGGUCAAUUCAAAGUCUGUGAAAUUUCUUGUAACACCGGACUUCGGUUUUCGCAGGAGGUUCCCAAGUUUUACACAUGCGGUGCGGAAGGCUUUUGGAGGCCCACCAAUGAUCCUAGUCUACCUCUCGUAUAUCCGGCUUGUACAAGCUCUACGUCAGCGCAAAGAGUCUUCAAAAUUAAGAUGAACUUCCCAACAUCGGUGCUCUGUAACGAGGCCGGUCAGGGUGUGCUCAAGCAGAAGGUUCGAAAUGCUGUGAAUUCACUAAACAGAGACUGGAACUUCUGUUCGUACUCUUAUGAAGGAACUCGCGAGUGCAAAGACCUUAAUAUCGAUGUGCAAUGCGAUCAUCGCGUACGGACGACAAGAGAAACGAGCGAAGAAGAUGGCGGAACGUACGUUGUUUCCGCCAUUGUGCCCGCAGAACCAACGAGACAGGGUCGCCAAGGCAGUGACACUUACGAGGUGGAGAUCUCGUUCCCAGCGAUAAACGAUCCGAUCCUGAACGCCAACUCGAACGAGCGCUCGACCGUGCAAAUGUUGCUCGAGAAACUGAUUCUAGAAGAGGAUCAAUUCGAUGUUCACGAUAUUCUGCCCAACACUGUGCCGGAUCCUGCGUCUCUCAUCCUGGAAUCCGAUUAUGCCUGCCCGAUAGGACAAGUUGUCAUGGCGCCGGAUUGCGUACCAUGCGCGGUGGGCACUUAUUAUGACGAAGAAACGAUGCAGUGCGUGUCCUGCCCGAUGGGCACUUAUCAGAGCGAGUCCGGGCAGUUGAAAUGCAACUCCUGCCCGAUAAUCGCCGGUCGUCCCAGCGUGACGAUGGGUCCUGGCGCUCGUAGCGCGGCUGAUUGCAAGGAGCGAUGUCCUGCCGGCAAGUACUACGACGACGUGGUCGGUCUCUGUCGCAACUGCGGUCACGGGUUCUACCAGCCGAACGAGGGCAGCUUCUCGUGCCUGCUGUGCGGUCUUGGGAAGACCACGAGGACCGCCGAGGCGGUGUCCCGCGAGGAAUGUCGGGACGAGUGCGGAUCCGGACAGCAGUUGGCCGUCGAGGGAAAAUGCGAGCCCUGCCCGCGUGGCACCUAUCGCACACAGGGAGUGCAAGCGUCCUGUCAACCUUGCCCUCUCGGUAGAACGACUCCGAACAUGGGAUCUGCCGCGAUCGAAGAAUGCUCGCUUCCCGUCUGCGAGCCCGGAACUUACCUCAACGGAAGCCUCAACGAUUGCAUAGAGUGCAAGAAGGGAACGUAUCAGUCGGAACCACAGCAAACCUUCUGCAUCCCUUGCCCGCCCAACACCAGCACCAAAGGAUCCGCUGCUACGAAAAAAUCAGACUGCACGAACCCGUGCGAGACGAGCAGCGCGGAGAUGCAAUGUGACGCAAACGCGUAUUGUCUACUUAUACCUGAAACGAGCGACUUCAAAUGCGAGUGCAAGCCCGGAUACAAUGGCACCGGAACCGUCUGUACGGACGUUUGUCUUGGCUACUGCGAUAACGAGGGUGUCUGUCUGAAGGACUCGCGCGGACAACCCUCGUGCAGAUGCAGCGGCAGCUUCACUGGCAGACAUUGCACCGAGAAAUCUGAAUUCUUCUACAUCACCGGCGGCAUCGCGGGAGGCGUUAUUCUGAUAAUCAUCGUGGUGCUGCUCGUCUGGAUGAUUUGCGUCAGAGCGUCCAGGAAGAAGGAACCGAAGAAGAUGCUCACCCCAGCGACCGACCAGAAUGGUUCUCAGGUAAACUUCUAUUAUGGUGCGCCCACACCGUACGCCGAGUCGAUAGCGCCGUCACAUCACAGCACAUAUGCUCAUUAUUACGACGACGAGGAGGAUGGAUGGGAGAUGCCCAACUUCUAUAACGAGACUUAUAUGAAAGAGAGUCUGCACAACGGCAAGAUGAAUAGUCUCGCCCGAUCGAACGCCAGUAUUUACGGCACGAAAGACGAUCUUUACGACAGACUGAAGCGUCAUGCGUAUACCGGUAAAAAAGAUAAGAGCGACAGCGACAGCGAAGGCCAGUGACCGGGUAGAACCGAAUGACUUUCAUGCCAACGUAGAGUACGAAAAUGCGAGAGAUAUCGGUGUAAUCGGACGAAGCGACGACGGUAUCUCAUCCUUCGUGCGACGUCGCCGUCGUUGCUCCAACCCGAUCGACGGAUCGUGUUAUUUAUUACAUACUCCUCGAUAAGACGGCGCCGAGAUCCGCGGUCGUCUAGAUCGGGCGACCGGACGUGACGAGAGAGGAGAGAGAGAAAGAGAGAAAGAGAGAGAGGGAGGCUCGAUCGGAGCCGCGGAAUCUCGGAAUCAAGCCGUCGAUCCGCAAGAGACGCGCGUCCGGCGACCGACGCAAGAGUCCUGGAACGACGAUCGGCAGAUCGUGCCCCGAUCGUCGCUUCGGCACGCGUUUACUCGAAAAGCCAGAAGUCCGAGGCGCGUAAAAUAAAUAAAAUAAAAAAACGAAACAAAUGGGACCCGUCCGUCCUUCGUGAAGUGAAAUUCGAUGCGUGUUCAAUGAUUAUAAAGAGACUUAUGCGCGAGGUUGUAAUUUUUUUGUAAUUUAAUAGACAUAUGUGCGUUAAGGACCAUCACCAUCACCAUCAUCCCCGUUCCUUCCCCCCCCCCUUUUUUAUUAACCCGUACGAUUAACGGUGCGUACGUGAGAGAAACUGUGUGUGCUUGUAUAUGUUAAUAUAACUAUAUACGUGCGUGGAUUUAUAUUUUGUUGCUCGAAAGAGGUAUACGCAUCAUCGUUGUAAUAUAAUAAAUGCACGAACGCGGACGAGAGAGGGAGGGUUGAGAGUUUGGCGAGAUUUCAAAUUUCAUUUCAGCGAGUGCGAGGGAAUCAGGGGUGGAGAGAAAAGGAGAGGUCUCGCCUGAAAAUGACGCCUGCGACGUGAGAAGAUUUGAUUCGCGAUGAUUGAAGAAAGUUUGGGAACUUUUACAGUGUACUCUCUCACGCGACGAUAAUCUCCUUGUAAAAACGGGAAUGUAAAGAAAGCCGCCAGACGUACGCAAACGAUGAACUCUGUUUUGCGUUGUCUGCGCGGCGAGUGUGCACCGAACCACGCUGUUUUCUCAUUUAUGUUGUAAAAACUUUAACAAAUAGUUGUUUUUUAUUAAUAAAAUGUAUUUCAAAUAAAAUGUUGCCCUAUUCCCAUUUUAUUC